AAAAAAAAAAAAAAAAACCUCUCGGAGUAAUAAACCCCAUUUUACGAGGGCAUUUCUGUCCUAUUCUCACGUCAUCUCUUUCGACAGCAAUACUCCGUCCUAUCCCCAUACGACAAAAUUCACGGAGUGGCAUUUCUGUAAUUUCUCCCUUCUUUUCUGCCCCUUUUUCUUUUCUCUUUAUUCUUCCGCCAUUCCUUUUCAUUACUCCCUCUUCUGCUUACUUCACUCUCUCUCUUUCACUCUCAACAUCUCAAUCAUACUAACUAACAUUCAACCUCACCGGAAAACCACUUUUCUCGCCGUUAAGCCGCCUUUUAACCCUAAUUAUCCGGAAAUGGAGGUCAUUGUGUUUGAUUACGAGCUUAAAGCUAGUGGUAUAGUGUAGAUUUUCUCACUCUUUGUUUCUUUAAUUUAAUUACUCUCAUACUUUCCCUCUUUCUUCUUAGACACUUAAUUGCUCACUUUCUUAAGAGAAAGAGAGUGUUGUUGCGGUGGUGGUUGUUUGAGGGGUGGUUCCGGUGUCGAUUUCUCUCUCCUACGUGUCAAAAUCUCCAUCGUAGGAUGGAUAUGAGAACUAUGAUCGUUGAAAACUUGGAUCCAUUGAGGAAAAGGUGUGGGGGAUUGAGGACUAAACAAGCGGGGAGAGGUUCGUGCCGCGGAAGUUAGGGUUCGUUUCAUCGCAAAAAUUCGUCCAAAAAUUAAUAAUAAUAAAGCGAAAAAAAAAUGUACUACGAUCUCUAUUCAUUUCUUUUUCUCUUAUUCGAUUUCUCCCAGUAAGAAAUCUAGAAAGCUACGUUUUUAUUUUGUUUCUGGAAAAAAAAAGGUUAUUAUUGGUGUUAAAACGCAUCGUUUUAUUGAGAAAAUUGGUGAUUGAAAACGAUGGGUUACUUGUUGAAAGAAGCACUUAAGGCACUGUGUGGCGUCAAUGAGUGGUCCUAUGCUGUUUUCUGGAAAAUCGGUUGUCAAAAUCCUAAGCUACUGAUUUGGGAAGAGAGCUAUUACGGAUCAUCUCCCAGUGUGCCCUUGAACUCAAGUAUAGGUAACCAGGAAAUAAAUUUGCAGAAAGUGGAAGGUUUUAAUAAUGAGACGCAACUGAGUGACAAAGUUCAUUUGCUAAUGGAUAGGAUGAUGAUGUCUAACCAUGUUAAUGUGGUUGGAGAAGGGUAUGCCCUGCUUGUUAUUUUUGCUUUUCUUGGCUUGAUUAUCCACACUACAGUUGACAAAUGCAAAUUGGUUGGCCGGGCUGCGUUUACAGGGAGUCAUCAAUGGAUUGUCUCUGGAAUGUACAAUGAAAUUGCUCACCCAGCUGAGGUUCUUAAUGAGGUUCAUCUCCAAUUUUCUGCUGGCAUGAAAACAAUUGCUGUCAUUCCAGUGAUUCCACAUGGAGUAGUUCAGCUUGGUUCAUCAUUAACUAUAAUGGAGAAUGUUGGAUUUGUGCAUGAUGUGAGGAGUUUUCUUCUUCAAUUGGGAUGUAUUCCUAGUGCGUUUAUCUCUGAUAAUUAUUUUGCAAAAGAUGCUGCAUCCAUGUUGGGGCUGCCAGUUGCUGAUGCAACAGCUAACCCCAUCAAUCUACACAGACAACCAACACAGAUAAACUCUCAUGAUAUAGCUGCAGGAGGUUUCAAUUUGCAGAGAAACUCAUCUGAUAUUCACGGGCUUGUCAAUCAAUCGUCCAAUUGUCUUCUUACUCAGUUUCAAGAUAACCUGCAAGUUAGUGGCUCAAUAUUUACGAUGCCUAACCCGAUUCAAGAUUCAUGCAAGGGCAAAGGAGUUCAUGAUGCAUCAAUGGUUACUCCUAUUGUUCAUUCCAAUGUCCUUCCAGUAUCAAACAGAAGCACUCAAGGAGUGGUAAUGCCUUUAAAAUCCGAUUUAGCGAUGAAACAAUCUUCUUCCAAUAACCCAGGUUUAGGGAUCAGUUGUCCUCAAUCAACUGUCAAUUGUUGGCAUCCCACAUCGUCAAAGCAGCUGAUUGUCUCACAUGAAGGUUCAGUAAAAGGGAAAUAUAACACUUCAACAUCUGUUUUUAACCCUAAUGAACGCCAUCAUGCAGCUUUAAAUCAGACUGAUGCCCCUUUGUCAGCAAAAAAUAAAUUGGAUAUUGAUAUUGAUGGUGGCCAUUCAUUUCAAACAUCACCUUGUGCCAAUAUGGUUGUUCAGGACACUGAUUCUUCUAUCGAGGAUGUGGCUAAUUUGUUAAAGUCUGAUAAUUCAAGUACCCCUAGUAAUUUAAAAGGUGUUCUUAAUCAUGGAAAUUACACCAAAGAUAGUGCGCUUACAGCUACAUAUAUUCAUGGGAAACUGAAUGAUCGUUGUGAAGUCCUGGAAACUCAUCCUAGAAAACAAGUGCAUCAAUCUGGUGGUUUCACUUGUGAUAAUAUUUGUAUUGGUAAUUAUGUACAACCAUCAAAUAACUCUGUGCUUGAGGAUAUUUUUCUUCAGUCAUCAGCAGGAGAUGACUUAUUUGAUGUACUAGGAGUGCAUCUUAAAAACAAACUGUUGAAUGGCAACACUAUUAAUCUUCCUACCAGUUUCUGUGCUAUUUCAGAAAAUCAAACUAAGGAUUUGCCAAAAUCUGUAAACCAGCAAAAUUUGGGAUCUGAGGUGUAUUCAGAUUAUGAAGGUAUCUCUGAAAGUGUUGUUUUCUCUUCAUCUGGUUCCGAUCACCUUUUGGAUGCUGUGAUAUCUGGUACUGGCUCUGUUACCAAGCAGAUAUCAGAUGAUGAUGCUUCCUGCAAGACUGCUGUAUCGAAAAUCAGUAGUUCCUCUGUCCCUAGUACUCCUCAAAACAAUCCUAACCUAUCUGGACUGUUUAAUAUGUCUGAUAGGAUGCAGGGCCAGCUAUUUGGGCUUGCUAAGCCUAUAAGUAGAUUAGUUGAACCAGUAGGCAAUUCUGUAAGGUCUGCAAGUGGUAAGAAUGAUGAUGGAAGCUGUACAUAUGGAUCGCAAAUUAGCUCCUGGAUUGAACAAGGGCCUAGUACUAGUGUUUCUACUGCAAAUUCAAAGAAGUCUGAUGGAGGAAAGUCGAAUCGAAAAAGACUUAAACCUGGGGAGAAUCCUAGACCAAGGCCUAAGGAUCGGCAGAUGAUCCAAGAUCGUGUGAAGGAACUCCGUGAGAUAGUGCCAAAUGGGGCUAAGUGUAGUAUAGAUUCAUUGCUGGAACGUACUAUUAAGCACAUGCUUUUCCUGCAGAGUGUCACUAAGCAUGCUGACAAACUAAAACAAACAGUGGAGUCCAAGGUUGCCAAAAAGGAAGGUGGAAUGCCUUUAAAGGAUGAAUUUCAAAGCAGUGCUACCUGGGCCUUUGAGCUUGGUUCCCAAUCUCUGGUUUGCCCAAUAGUGGUUGAAGAUUUAAAUCUACCUCGACAAUUGCUUAUAGAGAUGCUUUGUGAAGAACGGGGUUUUUUCUUGGAGAUAGCUGAUAUUAUUAGAGGACUGGGGCUGACCAUUUUAAAGGGUAUAAUGGAGGCUCGGAAUGAUAAGAUAUGGGCACGCUUUGCUGUUGAGGCAAACAGGGAUGUCACGAGGAUGGAAGUAUUUAUCUCACUAGUCCAUUUACUGGAACAAACUCUGAAAGGCAGCACAAGUUCAGUUCACAGCACUAAUGAUGAUAAUAUGGCAGUUCUUCCUGUGUCCAUUCCCGCUCCGAUAGUUUGCGGUGAGCCAUCUAUGUAGUCUUUUGAAAUUGAAUAUGUUGCAGAGCCAUGUAUGGAGUAGUCUUUUGAGAGGGAGUAUGUUGCGGUGAGCCAUCUAUAUGAAGUAGUCUUUUGAGAAUGGAUAUGUUGAGAGCAAGACGUCUAACUUGCUAUGACCGACAAAUCCAAUGUCCUUGCGUGGGAGGGGUAGAAAGUACAUAUGGAGGGUUUUAAUUUGGGUUGUGUAGGUAGUAGUCUUUGACCUCUGAAUAUGUAUGGCAUCUCUAUAUAGGGUAUUUCCUAUGGACAUUGGCUUCCUUGGUAUUCUUGGUGUUUCUAAUUUGGGUUUAAGUAGAUAUAGAUAUAGAUUUGAAGGGAGAGAUUAACUAUUUGGAGGUAUAUUAUAAGGGGUAAAGUGCGAUAAUUGUAUAGAAUUACACAAGAGGUAGGGUUGGAAAGGGGGUUUUAUAAACUAAGGUUUGAAGAUUAGUGUGUUUAUUAAGUUGGCUUCAACCAUGUGUACUUGGAUAGUUUAAGAUCUAAAAUUCCAGUAAAUUUUAUGUAUGAUCUUGUGGAGUACUAUUCCAAAUGCAAUUCGGAAGAAAAUGUUUUUUGUUUUUUCUAGGCAAGGAAUUUUCAUAUGUUUUCGUCUUUUUAUUGUAUGUAUGAUCAAUUAAGAAAAUUGAUACAUGCGGAUCUAAGAGCCGCAUACUUCGUACA